GGUGGCAAUGCAUUGGCAUCACUGCUCAUAAAUCCUCACUGUUGUUUAAAAGUUUUGGUCCUGCGCAAAUGUCAACUUGGCCUUCUUGGUGUUCUUCGGAUACUUCAGGCAUUAGCAGAUAAUUGCUUUCUUGAAGAGCUCAACUUGGCAGAAAAUGGCUGUCUGGAUAAUGAGAGUACUUCACUCUACAGCCUAAUAACAACUAAAGAGAGCCCGAACUCCCUGCAGACAAAUCUCAAUUUUUUUGGCUCUUCAUUGAAGGCAUCAGCACCAGUGGAGGAUCAAGCUGCUGAACUGGUAUUGUGUACAGCUAAAACUGACUGCAAUCACCUAGAAGUUGCUGAUAGUGAAGAAAAGCCAAUCAGGGUGGACCCUGCCGUAUCUGGUUUUGAUGGCAGUUGCAUGAGCUCGUCUCAAAAGAAUCCUUCUAAUUUGGAGUGCCAAUACAUUCAAGAGCUUUCAACUUCUAUUACUAUGGCGAAACAGUUGCAGUUACUGGAUCUUAGUAAUAAUGGAUUCUCAGAAAAAGUUGUAGAAAUGUUAUAUACUGCAUGGUCAUCAAGUUCAAGAGCUGCUUUAGCCCAGAGGCACGUUGGGAAACAUACAAUCCAUUUUUCCGUGCAGGGGAACAAGUGUUGCAGCAUGAAACCCUGCUGCAGAAGGAUAUAAGUCUCUUCUAAUAACUUCAAAUUUAUUCUAAGAUUAUAGUAAAAAGCUUCACAUCAGACAGGCAGAGACAACCUUGUGUGCGUGUCCUCCUUAUUCUUCAACCGGGCUACUUCAAAUCUGCAACAAAUUUUACGAUGGCAUCUUCUUAAAUGUCACAUGGUAACACGAAUGGAGCAUGCACACAAUGUUAAUGUAAAUAUAUUUGAAGCUUACAUGCAUUCCUUUUGGUUUGCUGGAUCAUGACAUCCAUUCCCAUAUCGAUUCUAGUCCCUCCCUCUUGAGGACCAGUAGCCACUACCUAUAUUACCUUGGUAUCGCUUUUACUUGUGCUAUAUAUGGCAGACAAUUUUGUAAAUUGACUGCUUGUAGUUUGGAAUGAAUUAUGUACAAUCAUCUCGCAUUGUGCUUCUAGGCUUGCUAUUUGUGAAUUUGAC